GUUAAGCCGCUGUAAUGCUCAUGUGAUGGAUGCUCACUGUGGGAUUACGGAGAGGUGCUGAGGUGUUUUGUAGUUAAGACUUCCUUACUGUCCCAGCACUUUUCUAACACGACCUCCUCAACAUGAAGACCGUCCUGGCCACGCUGGUCCUGUUCGCCGCUGUGCUACACAGUGAGGGGUUGAAGUGUUACACCUGUGUAGGAAGUAACCCAGAUGAGUGUUUCCGGCAGGGCUCGACGGUGUGCCCUGCUCACUCCGAUGCCUGCUCUACCAUCACAGGACCCAACUCCGUGAUGAAGUCGUGCGCUUACAAGUCCUUCUGUGACAAGUCUCACAUGAGCAAUGGGGAGAUGAAGCUGGAAUGCUGCUUCAAUGACGACUGUAACGGCCCUCACCGGUCCCACAGCCACGGGGAGCACCACAACACCUCCGGGGGCCUGAGCUCCAGCCCCGUCCUGCUGCUGGGGGCCCUGCUGCUCAGACUGGCUCUCGGCUCCCUGUAAACCCGAACACACGUCUGACAUGAAUACACGAAUAAAAGAUGGAGCACGUGUGUUAAUGUAACAGAUAGAGGAGCUUUUGUCUGUUGGGUGGCAGAGUAAUCGGUGCGUUUUGCCGGGUUAAAUAAACACUGCUUAGCUUUGGUGUCCCUCUCUUUUGUUUUCUGUUGUGUGUGUGAGCUCAAACUAACGAAUGCAUUAAUAAACGGUUAAAACGCUGACGGUCUGUUCUGCUUGUAGUUAGCACGUGUUCAUCCACCCGUUCCUCUGAGCGUCUGUUUCCAGUAACCAUGGAAAAG